AUGUUGAAAACAAUUGGUCUCACAUCUUCUAAGGAUACUAAUAUUAGAGAAUCUGAAAAUAAUGAAGAAUUGAGUCCUACCGCAACUUCUAAUAAUAUUCAAGAAGUGUUAUCUUCAAGCUCAAAGAAAGAAGACGAGGUUGAUGAUAAUUUAAGAGCUUCUGAAGAUUUAGAUGAUAUUUACCGUACAAUUUCCCGAAAAAGUAAUGGAACUAAUAAGAAAUCUAAACAUCGUCAGCCUAAAUCUAAAAUUGGUUCAGAGAGAUCUAAAGAAAUCGGCAAUUCUUUAUCAUUCUUCGGUAAAGAAGAUGAAAAUGAAUCUCGUUACGAAACUGAUUCUGACGAAAACAGAGAUCGAGAGUUGUAUGAAAAUUUAAGCAAUUAUGAUGAAGACCACGAUGAUACCAGAAUUCAAGAUUAUGACGGUGAUGAAAAAAAUGGUGAAAAUUCUGCCCUAGAUAAUGAUAACAAACCUAAUCAAACAUUUUCAUCAUUCAUCCCCAACAUGUUCCGUAAUUACAAUAAUAAUGAACCAGGAAGUAAUUCCCAAGAUAUGGAUAAAUCAAAGAAAAGAUUUCAAUUUUUCCGUAAGAAUAAGAAAGAUAAAGAUAGAAAACGUCAUUCAGUAUCAGCAGCACCCGAAGAAGAAGAAAUAGAUGAUGUUGAUAAGUUCACUGGAGAAAGAGCUCAUAAUUUAGUGGGUGCUAUGACUAUAGCCACCCCAGCAUUAAGUUUGAUAGCAUCAUGUUUACUAGAAGAUGAACAUGGAAUCUCUAGAGCUCCUUUAUUAUUAUCAUUAUUAGGAUUCAGAGUGACUGAUAUUUCAAAGUCUAUUUCCACCAAAAAUAGAAAAUUCAGACUUGAUUUGGAGUAUGGAGUGGUUCCUCAAAGAUUGAAAUGGUCAGUCGAAAAGAAUGCUAGAGAUUUAUUAUAUUUACAUUCAAGAUUUAAAUUGGAUAAUUGGAAGAAAGAAGUUGUUCGUAACAAAAAUUCAGAAUUACCUAAAUAUCCAAUCCCUCCUUUGAGGUCACAAGAAACUUCCAAUAAAUUGUUAUUACGUCAAAGGCAUAAAACCACCAAACCUCCUACCUCACCUAAUCUUAAUGUCCCUGUAGCUAAUGGUGCUGCAACAGCAACAGUAGGUUCACCUUUAGCUGGAGGUGAUAUAACCACUCGUUCUUCAAUUGAUGAGGUGCUACAAAAUCAAGAUGAAGUUGGUCAUGAAGAUCGUGCUUCAAUCUUAAGUUUGAGACAAUGGGCUAAUUUGGGAGCUAGAUUCUCAAAUUCAUCGGCUUCAAGUUCAGAAGAUGAUGGGGAACAAAGUGCUGAGUAUUUGAAGAAUAAACUCUUAAGAAACCAAGAAUACAUUACUCAAGUAGCCAAUUAUUUGAAUGAAUUGAUCAAAUUGGUUGCUUUGAAACCUCAAUCCAACAGGUUAUUCCAUUUCUUCGAAAUCUCACCUAUUUCUUCAUUAUUAAGUUAUGAAACUGGUUAUACUGGUAAACAAGGACCUAUUCAUAUUGGUGGUACUGCCAAAGGUCAAGGAUGGAGAGUUGGUCAUUUCAAAGCUAAUGAUUUAAAAGGUAUGAUUGAUAGAAGAUCAGAAAAAUGGUUGUUGAUUAGAGGAAGUUAUAUCAUGUACGUAUCGGAAAUCAAUUCAACUUUACCUUUGGAAGUAUUUUUGGUUGAUUCCAAAUUCAAAAUCAGUUACAAAGGUGAUGCUUCUUCAAAAGGAGGCGAUGAUGAAGAUUCUGAUUAUGAUGAUUAUUCCAUGUUGGAAAAGAAUAUAACCGAAGAUGAUGAAGGUAAGAGAUCUCAUAUAGUUUUCAAGCAUUUGAAAAUUACCUUGGAAAACUCUGAAAGGAAGAUUUCUUUAUUACCAAAAUCUGAAAAGGAACAACAAUUAUGGCUUAAGUCAUUAUAUGAAAUGAAGAAUUCCACCGUAUGGUCCAAGAAGAAUAGAUUUGAUUCUUUUGCUCCUAUAAGAGAUAAUUGUUAUGCCCAAUGGUUUGUUGAUGGGAGAGAUUAUUUCUGGGCUAUUUCUUCAGCCAUUGAAAUGGCUAAAGAUGUGGUUUAUAUUCAUGAUUGGUGGCUUUCACCACAAAUGUAUUUGAGAAGACCUGCCAAUGGGAAUCAACAAUGGAGAAUUGAUAGAUUAUUAGAAAGAAAAGCCAGACAAGGGGUCAAAAUUUUCAUUAUCAUUUAUAGAAACGUUGGUUCUACCGUUGCCAUUGAUUCUUUAUUCACUAAGCAUUCACUUCUUUCAUUACAUGAUGAGAAUAUUCAUGUUAUCAGAUCACCAAAUCAAUUAUUACAAAACACCUAUUUCUGGGCUCAUCAUGAGAAACUUUGUAUAGUCGAUCAUACGAUUGCAUUUAUUGGUGGGAUUGAUUUAUGUUAUGGAAGAUAUGAUACUCCUGAUCAUGUUUUGGUGGAUGAUUCAAAAAUCAAUUUCGCUUCUUUGGAAGCUAAUCAAGUUCCUAAAGAAGAAGAUUUUGCCAAUUUUCAAAUCUUCCCUGGUAAAGAUUAUUCUAAUCCUAGAGUGAAAGAUUUCCAUGAAUUGAAUAAACCUUAUGAAUCCAUGUACGAUAGGAAUACCACACCAAGAAUGCCAUGGCAUGAUGUUCAUAUGUUAACUUCAGGUAAAGUUGCCAGAGAUUUAUCAAGACAUUUCGUCCAAAGAUGGAAUUAUCUAUUGAGACAAAAGAGACCAAGUAGAUUUACACCUUUGUUAACUCCUCCUUCAGAUUUCACUGAAGAAGAAGAGAAAAAUCUUCAAUUAGGAGGAACAUGUGAAGUUCAAUUGUUAAGAUCUUCAGGAAAUUGGUCUUUAGGUUUAAAACAACAUGAACAAAGUAUCCAAAAUGCUUAUUUGAAACUUAUUGAAACUUCAGAGCAUUUCGUUUAUAUUGAAAAUCAAUUCUUUGUUACAUCAUGUGAAAUUGAUGGUAAUGAAAUUGAAAAUAGAAUAGGUGAUGCUUUAGUAGAUAGAAUCAUCCGUGCUCAUAAUGAAGGAACCAGUUGGAGAGCAAUUAUUGUCAUACCAUUAAUGCCAGGAUUUGAGUCUCAAGUUGAUCAACCUGAUGGUUCUUCUGUGAGAGUUAUUAUGCAAUGUCAGUAUAUGUCGAUUUCCAGAGGUCAAACAUCAAUUUUUGCCAAAUUAAGGAAGUAUGGUAUUGAUCCAUCAGAUUAUAUUCAAUUCUAUUCUUUAAGAAAAUGGGGAAUUAUUGGUCCGGAUAGAAACUUAGUUACUGAACAGUUAUAUAUCCAUGCAAAGACAAUGAUUGUUGACGAUAAGUCAGCAAUCAUUGGUAGUGCUAAUAUCAAUGAAAGAUCCAUGAGAGGUGUUAGAGAUUCUGAAAUGGCAGCUUUAGUUAGAGACAGAGAAACCGUUACUACUAAAAUGGCAGGUAAAGAUUAUGUUGCAGGGAAAUUUGCUCAUUCAUUAAGAAUUAGAUUGAUGAGAGAACAUUUGGGAGUGGCUGUUGAUAUUAUUGAUGUUGUUGAAAGAAGAUUCCGUAGAUUUGAAGAAUUUGCCGAAUCUCCUGAUGGUUUGAAAGCAUCAACCAAUAAUUUCAAAGUCCAUGAACAUAAAGUUAUGUCUGCUAUGGUUGAAAUUGCUUCAAGAGAGAUUUUAGAUCAACCUGAAGGUACUUUUAGAUGGAAAAAUUUCAAAAAAGCCAUGAAAUCUGCUUUGAAAGUUGAUAACGUUCCAAUUGAUGAUCUCAAUGAAUUAGAAGCUAAUGAUAAUGUACCAGUUCCAAUUUCUUUACCAAUAUCCUUCAAUAAUAGAACUGGAACUCAUGAAGCUAAUAGAGGUAUCAGAGACAAGAAGAAACAUUCUUAUGAUGCCAGAGUUCAACAUAGUGAAAACCACAGAAAAGAUGUUAUUGGAUUUGGUCUUGACAAAUAUAAGAGUAAGUUAGCCAAAAGAGCAAGAUUGAAUAGUGGAAGAUUUUUGAAGAACUUAUCUCAAAAAGUUAUGGAACAUCAAGAUACCUUUAUUCCUGAUAUCGAUAAUGUUGUAGAAUUCUUAGAAAGUGAUGAUUUUGAAAUGACUGAUGAAAUGGAUGAGGAAUCAGAACAAAUCAUCUUCGAAAGAAAUAAAGAAAGAUGGAACCUAUUGAAAAAAAUUGCAUACUUACAAAGAGUUACCACCAGACAGAAUGAUAGUUUGGAAGAAGAGAAUAAAAAGAGAGCUGCAGCAGGAAUGCAAGCCAAUAGUCUCAAUAACACUUCGAAACCUGGUAGUGGUGGACCUAAUGAUAACGAAGUUCUUAAUUCAAUUCCUGAAAUGGUUACUUCAAGCAAAUCUGAGACUCCAAAUGGUAAAUCUGUGGGUAACGGGAAGACCGUUAGUAAUGGAAAAUCAGGAAGUGCCAAUGGUCAAAGGGUUUCUUCAGCUGAUGCUCCAUCUCCAGAUUUGAACGAAGAUAUAGUAGAUUCUUCAGCUAUGGAUGAAACUAUUAACCCUGGAGAAAAUUCUGCUGAUUUCUCUGAAGAUGUUCCAAUCGUUUCAUUAAAUGAUCAAGGAGUCAAGAACUUAAUGGCAAGUAUAAAAUCCCCAUUAAUUGAUAAUUUCAAUAAUUUUGUUGAUCCUUAUUGCUUUGAAGACCCUCUUGAUGAAGAUUUCUACGAAGAUUUAUGGUUUGAACAUGCUAGAAGAAAUACCGAGAUCUUUAGAAUGAUAUUCCAUACUCAACCGGAUGACACUGUCACUUCAUGGAGAGAAUACAAGCGUUUCACCAAACUUCAAAGAGCUUUCUAUAUGGCACAAGAUCAAGAAACUAAAAGAAGAAAGGAUAAAAGAUUAUUCAAUGAUGGAGAUUCUACCAGUGGUUCUGAAAGUGAAGUGGAAGAUACCAAUAAUUUUGUUAGAGAUAACAAUUUGAACAAGAGACAAAGUAUUAAUGUCAAUCAAUUCAAUGAAGAUGUAGGUUUACUUGGAUAUGCCCCUCCAUCAUCAGAAAAUGGUAAUGGUAAACAUAUCACUGAAGAAGAAGAAGAAGACAGAUCAACUAUCUCCGAUACUGAGAUAAGAAACGAAACCCCUGAUAAACCCGAUGAACCUUCACGUCUUAAUACAAAAGCCAGUCAAAGAAAGGUAGGAGGUAAUUUCGCUGCACGUAGAAGAGCAGCAGCAGGGGAUCGAAUCUUUGAUAGACAAACCAGUGAAAAGAUUUUGAACGAAAUUCAAGGUCAUUUGGUUGUUUUCCCUACCGAUUGGUUAAUGAGAGAAUUAGAAGGUGGUAAUUGGUUCUAUAACACCGAUCGUAUCCCUCCUAUUGAUAUUUAUGAUUAG